AUGUCAGAAAUUGUGAAAAACUGAGUUUAAAUGAUGUUGGCUAAGGUGUAUGUAAACUUCCGACUUAAACUGUAUAUGAUGAAUGCUGAAGCAGACUGCCAUGCUCAAGUAACUGGGACAUUUAGUUAGAUAACAUUUGUGUGCAUGAUGUUGAAAUGUCGGUAAUAAUACCUUUUAUCUCAGGUGUUGUUCGAAAAUAUGUGAAUAUUCAAAGCCAUAAUUAAAUAAGCCUUCAAAAGUAUUUUAAUUUAAUCAUUUAUUAGAAUUUGCAUACACACUUAAAAUAUUAGCACUUUAAAUCGAGUGAUGUGUAUAUAUACAUGAUGUGUAUAUAUACAUCAUUCGUCAUCUCGCUUGUGUUAAUUUCUAUCAUGGCUGUUCUAAAUAAACAGCCCACUGACUGCCUUGUACUUUACCCCUAGAUGAGUGAAUUUUUUAUUGGUGCAAUACAUUUUCCGAAGAACUGAACCGAUGUGGAUGUGGUGGAGGAGUCAAGCGCAGGACACAGAGGUUAAGUCCAACAGACUUUAAUAGUCGAACAAGAAAAGAGAAAACCCGACCUCGAAAACAAACCAAGAGGCGAGGGAAAAAUUACGCACCACGCGUAAACACUAAACAUAAAACAAACAGAGUGCAAAAAUGUAGCUCCGACAAAGUGGCAACAAAAACAACACACAAUCAGUCUAGAGCAAAACAAGGAACUUAUAAGACAAGAAAUCAACACACAAAUGAACACAGGUGUAACAGUCAGACAAAAGCAAUCAAACAGCAGAAACAUAGAGCGGUGGCAGCUAGUACUCCGGGGACGGCGAACGCCGAAGCCUGCCCGAACCAGGAGGAGGAGCAGUCUCGGCAGAAUCCGUGACAAUACCUCAAUAUGAUUGAAAGCUUAAACUGAUAUAUUGUUACUGUACACAAUGACUAAAGAUAAAAACUGUAUGUUUCGAUGAAAUAAUGUUUUGAUCAAUUGCAGAAUAAAAUCUGAAAUGUUUGAAUGCUUUUGUGUUCUGGUAGUUUGCGUGUUUGUUCUUGGUUCUACUACGUCUGCGUUUCAUCAUCCCUUUGUUUAUCUUUCUCCAAUCUGGAAGGGUAUGUUUUAUGCAAAACAGAGCCGCGCCCGUCCUGCCCAAGAAACGAAAGUGAAAACAAUACAAAAGAAAGUCAUGACUGAUGUGUCAAGACGAAUAAAACUUCCACUCUACAUUUUCAACUAAAAUGUCAUUACGUGGGUUUGGCAAUAGUUAUCUGGAACAUGAGGAGGAGGAGGAAGAGGACUUCUUUGGGCAGAGCACACCUAGCCAGUCUGCCUCAGCCAGGGGGAGCCACUUUGAGUGGCAGCUGUAUGAAGGACAGCGGUGGCUGCGUAUUGACAAUGACCAUGUGAUCGAGACCCACUACUGCCAGCCUGGGGCCAAAGGAAUGAACAUCUACCCAUCACACAUGGGGCAGGUCUAUAUAGAUUUUGAUCAGAUUGAGGCUCAAAAUGCUGCCAUGGGUGUACGGCGACUCACGUUCCUACCUCAGGGUCAAAGUGAAGACAUCGGGUGGUAUUUCAAAGACAAUCGGAUAUGGCGUGAAUACGGUUCUUUGGGUCCAGGUCAGGGCUCGUCCUCAGUCAGUAGUGGUAAUGUGGAACAACAGUACAUCCUCAGACCUCAGGGGACCUUCCAGUUCACUGUGGGGAGCACCAGCUACACGUUAGACUUCACAGCUAUGACACAGACCAAUUCAGCCACCCGGGUACAGAGAAACGUCCGGCGGCGUCCAAAGUUCAACUCCAUCGUCUCAGGGAAUGCCAGUGUAUCCAUUGCCCCAUCAGCCCCCACUGUAAUUGCCUCACCACCUCCCUCUGCUGGCUACACCUGGGAAUUCAUGGGUGUGGAGGGGGUGUGGACAGAAUACCAGACUCCAAGUUGCUCACUGGACAGUGCUGGGAUUGAGAGACACUACCAGAAGAACCCCAAGGGACAGAUACGCUUCAAAGCUGGGAGAUAUUCCUACACCCUCGACUUCUCAGGCAUGUGUCAGACCAACGUUCGCAUCGGGACCAAAAGAACUGUGAGGAGAACUCAAUGUGAAGCUCAACAAAUGAGCAGUGGAGGAAUGGGUUUACAGUCCCGUUGGCAAUUUCAAGACGUGGACGGAAGCUGGAAAGACUUUGCCAAAAGAAGCGGCACCUGCAGUGUAUCCAGCCAGGACAUUGAAGCCCAGUACCAGCAGAACCCAAAUGGAACUAUGAACUUCACUACCAGGAGCUUCAGCUAUCAACUGGACUUCUCGGCCCUGACCCAAAGAAACCUGUCCACUCAGACCACCCGAUCUGUUCGACGUCUGAACUAGUCACUGCCCACGACACUGUCCUCUGUCAGGGGCGAAGAUUCCCUGUAUGAUAUGACGACUGAGAUUGUCCCACUCAGCCAAGAACUGCUUUGCGGCUGGAUCACAAUACACUAAAGUAGCUUCCUUUCUUUUAUAAUGAGAAAUGCAGAGAACUACAGGUGGGUGUGUUUUUGGCUGUCCAGGCCCUCUGGAUCAGUACAACUACAUAGAGGAGAGGAGACUACUUUAGAAUGUAGAGACACAGCCUGCUAUUAUGUUGAUGGGGGUAGUGGGUGACCUCUGACCUCAACCUUACACUCCUCUUUUCCUAACUGACCUAAUCCUCUGUCUCUGUCCAAUACCCUGGCAGUGGAGGCUGGUGGGAGGAGCUGUAGGAGGGCGAGCUCAUUGUAAUGGCUGGAAUGGAAUCAAUGGAAUGGUAUCAAACACAAACAUAUAGAAACCACAUGAUUCCGUUCCAUUAUUCCAUUCCAACCAUUAGAAUGAGCCCGUCCUCCUAUAGCUUCUCCCACCAGCCUCCACUGUACCCUGGGUGAAUCUCAAUUGUCUAAAGUGGCUUCCUCUCAACUCCAUUUCUUCAUGUGCACAGUGAAGAUGAAGUCACUUUAGAGUACUGAGAUGGAACCCCUUCUAUUCCACUUCCUCCUAAAGAUGAGAUACUGAAAGAAAAAAAAGUGUUUACAUAUGUAUUCAUGGAAUUACUGUAAUUUUUUCGACAUUGUGCAUAUACUUAAAAACCAAUACUAUUAUUAUAAAAGUAGCUUCUGACAAUAUGCACAAUAUUUUUUGAAAUGUGAACUGGAAAAAUAACACUCCCCCUAUCACUGCCAAUGGUACAAAAGCAACAAGCCUUUUGAGCCGGUUCUGCCAUGUACAUUUUCAUUGUCAUUCUUUAUUUCCAAUAAAGGUGCUUUUCCAGUA